UCCAAGAUGUCUGCGCCCAUGGUGGAGGUUGCCUACGAAAAUUCGUCUUCAAACGCCAGUUCAGACGAAUCAGAAGGUGAAAUUGAACAUGAACAUGAAUCCUUAGCAGAGAGCAUGGAAGAUGUAGCCAACCCUGAAGCAAUAUCCGAAGCUACAGAUGAGAAAGCUGGUUUAGCCGAUGUGCUGGCCAAGAUUCUGACAAAGAAAACAGCUCAAAGUAAUGUCAUCCUAUCAAAAGGAAAGUCUGACCGUCUCAUACAGAAGGACAGGUCCAAGAAAAAAUCUGAGGAGGAAGGUGCGGACCAAAACGAAUCCAGCUUUCAGAUUAAAACAGCCAAACAAAUGAAAAAGCAAUUAUGGGAAGAGAUGGGGCGAGUGAAACCUGACAUUACAAAGAAGGAACAUGAGAGAAAUCUACAAAGAAUAGCUACAAGAGGAGUUGUUCAGUUAUUCAAUGCAGUCAAGAAGCAACAGAAACUCAUUGAAGAUCGGUUAAAAGAGGCUGGAUCUACAACAAAGAAAUCUAAAGUACUUUCUUCUAUGACAAAAGGAGCUUUCCUGGAUGUCCUAAAGAACACCCACACAGCAGAGGAUAAAAAAUCUGAAAAGCCUGGUCAGACAUUUUCAAAGGUAAAUCUGAAUUCUGGUGAUGAAAAACCAACGUGGAGUGUACUGAGGGACGAUUUUAUGAUGAGUGCCAAAAUGAAGGACUGGGACAAGAAUUCGGAGAGUGAUGCUGCGGAUGAGAGAGACGCCAGUGAUAUUUCUAUGAGUGAUGGCUGAAGUUAGGGAUGGGAUUAUACAAACUUUGAUUAUCUUGAAUGAAACAUUGUCUGUUUGGGUCUGUGACAUGCCUUCAUCAUUGCUGCAUGUGUGAAGGAUGCAGGAUGUGAUACCGUGGGGUUCAAAUUCUCCUUGAUCUUGAAACUAUAACCUAAACAUGUAUUGAAUAAAAAACAUUUUUGCACAA